GCAUUUUAAUAAGAGUGCUGUGUUGUGGGUUAUUGUGUCGUGUAUUCUGGUAGAAGUGUACCUACUGAUGUUUCACUAAGUCGCGUUGUGUUUUCUUUGAGGUAGGAACUUGUAAGUGAUAUUUAGAUAGACUUCGUGCGUCACAUAAGUGAAGUGUAUAUUUAUAAUCGGCGUGUCGGAUUAGUCUUGAUAUUGUUAAAUGGACAACGCACAUUGGGACUGGCUCUUGAGGCAUACCGUGAACAGAAUUGUGAAACUCAUCAAAAUGGAAUCCUUUAGAAGAUUGCAGUGACUGAGAAGAGAUCGUUACGGGACUGCCUAGAUGGCAGGCGUAGUGUGACGUCACCAGCGGAACUGCGUCAUCACACAAUAGGAAGGAGAUGGUGGGGAGCGGGACAUGCACUCCUCGUCAGUGUGCCGCGGACAUUGGACUUGUUAGUGUGUGGUGCGGCGAGAAUCAGUGAAAGAAUGACAACACGGUGGCAGGGUUGCGCCUCUGCGGUGCUGGUGAUUGUGUUCGUGGUGUCUAACAGGGUGGCGACUGCCAGGAAUCAGACAGUGGAACAGAAAAUUCGCGAUGACCCUGAUCUGUCAGAGUUUUAUUCGCUGCUGGAGAACAGUGCCAUAGCAAACAACACGCUGCAAUACCGACAAGUGACCCUGUUCGCGCCUACAAACCGCGCGUUCCAGAAGUACAAAGGAAGCAAGGACGACCUAAUCCUCUAUCACAUGACUAAUUUGGCAAAACCACUGGACCAAUUGGAUGGCUCUGUCUCAUCAGAACUUGAGGGGAAUCCUCCAAUCUGGAUAACACGAAUCAAGGGCCGAUAUAGGGACGACCUGUAUGCGAACAAUGCACAGAUCUUACAGGACCGCUCUAACUACAUCCAGAUGAAUCAUCAGCAGAAACAGCAAGUUCUGCAUGUAAUCGACAAGGUGCUGGUGCCUGUUAGAUCCGCCAACAAGGACACUACACAGAUAUACAAUCCUGAUGCCUUCCAUUUUCUUAACCAAUCAGAGAACCUUGAUGUUGGAGACCACAGACUCAGGUCAUUCCGACAGCGUGUGUACCAGAACAACAAAGGAAAUGUGUUCCUGUCAGAGGGAAAACAUACCUUUUUCAUUCCUGUGGAUGAAGGCUUUAAGCCUACUCCCCGACCUGAAAAAAUUGACCAGAAAGUUAUUGAUGGCCAUGUAAUUCCAAACCACGCUCUUUUCACGGAUGCAACUCCCAAAGACAAAGACUAUGAAACGUUGGCGUUUGGUGAUAACGUUCGGGUGACCAUCUCAUUCUCGACCCAGUCUAAUGGAAAGGCUUCUUCGUAUUAUGUGAAGAGCAACACAAUAGUGGGGGAUCCUAACCAUACAGAAGGAGUUGUACUGGCUGAGAUUGUGAAAGCAAAUAUCCCCGUGAGGAACGGAGUCGUGCAUCUCAUCAAUCGACCUCUUAUGGUUGUGGACACGACAGUCAAGCAGUUCUUAGAAUCAUUCAAGAGUAUUUUUGACCAGGAGGAUGGACCAUUACAUGAGUUCUAUAAUAAGAUUCAAGAUGAAGGUGGAGAAUUUAUGCAGCAGAUCACUAAGCUGAGAGACCUCACAUUGUUUGCACCAUCAAACUUGGCAUGGACUACUGCCAACAUCGUCAAUGUUCAUAAUCGCGAUAAACUACGCGAGAUAUUAAACCUUCACCUUGUCUAUGAGCGUCUGACUGUAGAGAAAAUUCGGGAUGAAAAUGUGAACCAGCUAUUCCAGGUACAAACGGCCGCUGAACGCAGGAAGCUGUACUUCAAUGUGAUUAAGCAUGGCCACAAUGUAACCCUGACUGUCGAAGGUGGUGGAGUCAAUGCUACUGUGAUAGAGCCGAACAUUGCAGCUACCAAUGGAUUUGUCCACAUAAUAGACCGUGUUUUAGGACUUCCAUACACCAGUGUAAAGGAGAAGCUUCAGUCUGACCCCAUGCUAAACAACACUUACCAUCUUGGCCAGCAGGGCAACUUCAAUGAAGAGCUUGGUGACAGCACCAAGAGGUUUACAUAUUUUGUACCUCGAGAUUACGCCUGGCACAAAGCUGAGAUACAUUUUCCUUCAGCACACAAGAAGCUUUUCAUGAAGGAUUAUGGCUACCAUGUUCGGCAGAUACUCGAGAGACAUCUGGUGGUGUCAGAUCAACCAUAUACUAUGGCUGACCUAAAGCGUCUUGCCAACGACACGGUUACCCUUCCAACUGUACGUGACCACCUUAAACUCAGGAUCAAAGAGUCUGAUAAAAGUUAUUAUGUGGAGUGGCAAGGUGAGUGGAUCCAUGUGUUCCGGCCAGAUGUAGAAUGCACCAAUGGUAUUAUUCAUGUCAUCGAUUCAGUAUUUCUGAAAGAAAGUGAUGUACGGGUGACAAGAAGUCCAUCAGUUCCCCUGAUGGCCACACAUGUGACCAUCAUCCUGUCUGUGGCCAUGCUUUUCUCUGUCAAGUGGCUACUCCUCUAGUGGCCACAUUCUAGAUGAAUUGGUUUAAGUGUAAGCUUGUUUAGUAAAAUAUCUCCUAGGCCUGGUAGAGAGAGAUUGUAUGCAAGGACAUGGUAUGAAUAAUGAGCACUAGUCAGGGUUAUGGUCCAGCUAGAGGUCAAGGUAUGAAACUGACUUCACCCUAUAAAAUGUUAUAAGAAAGUAAUGUUAUGUGUUUUAAGCAAUUAAUAUAUUUCUAAGAAGUUUAAAAUAUAUGAUUAACUGGUACUUGUAUUCUAACAGUUGUUUUCUCUCUGAAAAAUAUUCUAAGCAAAAGAAGAGUUAGAAAUUGAGAGAUUUUAUACUUGAAAACCAUAAGACAGAAAAUAGCAGGAAAUUGUUGAUUGUAACAAGUGUUUUCAUAUAAGGAAGCUUUUUCUUUUGGACCCAUGUGAAACAAAAAGUGAAAAUUUAAUGAAACUAUAUAUGAACUCUUUCAACUUAUGGAUGGUUUGUUAGUACCAGAACUUUUUCAGCUGAAUGGAUUUCAAUCUGAUCAGCAUCUUUUGUGUUUUCUUGUUAUUAUUUACGAACAAAGAAAGUUUGACAGAUUCUGUUUUUUAAACUCAAAAAUAAAUUCAUGUUACCCAUUCACUUUAGCUGGACAUUGUUACCCUAAUAAGUUAACAGAAUUUUGCCCUGGCUCAAAGAAUCGUGUUUUGAAAUUGCCUGUGUGUAUGGUUUGUAAGCCUUUCAGUCAGGUUUUUUUUUGCAUAAAUAGUCAUGGUAGUGCAUCAAUCAUAACUUCUCUAACUACUAUUCUGAUAUCUGAACUAACAGCAGAAAAAAAUAUUUUGUUGUCAAUGAUUGAAAUUGGUGUCAUGUUCCAUUAUUUCAUGGCAUAUUCUCAGAAUAACAGGGUAGCAAUUUAUAUUUGUUCUUGCAGAAAAAAUAUUUAAAUAAGUGUAUCUAUUUACCAGGCUGAGGUUUAAAAUUAUCUUUUCCCAGUCUCAUGAGAAGUUUAUUAUUGCUGUGUGUGAGUUGGCACCACUAGUCAGCACUACAACUACUGCAGCAAUGGUAUGUCUCUCAUCUUAAAAUUUCUAUAAAACAAUGAAAAGGGGAAAAAACAUAUUCAUUUACCUGAAUGAAAGUGUAACAGGUACAGAGAAAUAAGUGACAAUAUUCGAGUGGUCGUUAAAAUCUAGAACUGCCGAGACGCGGCUAACUCUAAUCACAAAACUUCUGUGUGUCGUAAUAUUGUGUAAUAUUUAAAUCAUAGUCGAAAUUCCUGUGUUAAUAUUGUUUUAUAUCAUAAAUUUAAGUGAUAAUAUAUAAGCUUGGUACAACUGCCACAUUGCAUAAUGGUAUCAGUAUGUGAUUGGUAUCAGAUGAAUACAAAUACUUCAGUUGUAUCUGUGUGGGGAAGCUAAUUCAUUUUCAUUUUCAUUUUUGAAAUAGCUUUCCAUGAAAUAUAAGAGCAUUAAUGUUAAAAGAUAAGUCACAAAAGAAAAAGGGAAUUUCAGUCGUGUUUGCACCCAUCAGAGAUGUUUCAGAAUAGGAAAUGUUGCAGUGUGGUGGGUUUAUAGUUUAUACUGGCUGAAACAGCCCAGAGUUUAAUUGUAAGGAUAAACAGAUUAGAUAUUCUGAUUGGUCUGUUGAUUUAAACAUUCAAUGUGUGUGGAAUGUUUCAGAGCUUUUAAGCUGUUAAAGUUGCUGUAGGGUUUUGCACAACUUUGAAAUGAUCACACAAAAAACAAGACAUUACAAAGUGUUGGAAUAUUUUGCUGGUACGCGAUGGAGUUGUAAUAUUCAAAUGUAAACCUUUGAGACUUCACUUAAAUUCUCUUGUCUUUUGAAAAGAGGAUUUUAUACAUAACAGGUCAGGGAGAAGUUACCACUGUUAGUAUAAUCAGAGAGACAGUAAAUGUAUCUCUCUUUACUUACAUAAAUUUAAGAUAAAUUUUUUUAUAAGAGUGGUAACAGACUUUCCAUUAUAGUACUGCAUAAUUGUUAAAGGUAUAUAGGUAAUAGGGCUACACAGAGACAUAGCAAAGAGAACAGCCGAUGUAGUUUUAUGAAUAUCCAUGAACUACAAAACAAGAAACUGAAAUGACGUUACCAAGUCAGGGUAGGAUAAAGCUUCAGCUCUAGCAUGUUCACUGUAUUCGUAACUAAAAUUUAUUCUAGAGAGAUUCUUCUUCUAAACUUGCAGAAUCUAAUGUUUUACUUUCUUAAGCUACAUAUCUGCAUCAUCCUUGUUGACAGCAAGUUCUUUUUGUAUCCUUUCAGCUGCAGCAGCCAGUGUCUCUAAGGCUGCAUGUUUUUAAAUAUUAUAUGGUAUAUUAUAUAUAAGCUAAGUACAGGUUACAUAAAUAUAUAUAUUAUAUGAAGCUAGUUUUAAAAGUGAAUAGCCUUGCCAGAUAUUUAUUUUAAUGAUAAAGAAAUGAGAUUGCCACUAAAUAUCUAUACCUAAGUUUUCAUGACUACCACUUGUAAAUGGUGUCUACCUUAUGUCCAUGCAUUGUUCUGCUGUUAAAAUUUGAAGCAUUUCAGUGUUUAGACCAAGUUCAUGAAACUCUGAUUUCAGUAGAAGUUUCAGCUGUGUUUUGUAUCUGUCCCAUGACUGUUCCAGGGUUGGGUAUAAGUUACAAAAUGGGCCUUUCCCCAUCAGAUCCUAUAUAUCUUUGUCACUUCCAUAACAUUAUUUUGAUUCUAAAACUUAAUAGGUGAUUUUAUUAAUGGUUUCUUGACUAGUUUUUCCUAGUGCAUAGUUUGAUAACUCAUCUUCUCACUUUUCUUAACAUACAUCAAGAUCUGAAAACUGCUACUUAUACUAAAUGUUUCUAUCCUACAGACGGGAGUGUCUGUUAUAAGCAUGAUAAGUAAUUUAAAUUUAACUCUUAAAAGAAACAUGCAAGUCUGAGAAGCAAUGUUUGUAAAUGAAAGGAGAAAAAAAGACAGGGAUGUCUUGUUACUGUAAAGUAAGUAAAAUGGACAGACAUCAGAAUGCAGCCUCUUUAACAACUUUAACCUUAUGACCUCAUAAACCUGAGAAUGUGUCACAAUUAGAGAUCAAUGCUUUCUCUGGCAGAGAAACAACUGUGGUGAAUUUUCAUAUAAAUAUUGACAUAUGUGAAUUAGGUGGUGAUGCACCACUUUAUUAUUUCUUUAAAUAAAACAAUUAGGUGUGCUUUUACAACAUUCCAUGUGUUUUUGGCUUUAAAAUUAAAAAAAUUACGAAUUAAUUUUAUUCAUCCUUUUUAUGUAUGGUGUAAAUUUUAUACUUUCAAUGUAGUAAAGACGUUUUAAUCAUUCAUAUGUUGUGGUCAUGGUUUCAGGGAUAAUACCUGUAAAAGUAGCUUCUUUAUAAAUAUUAUGUGUAUGUAGAUGUGUGUAUGUGAAUCAGCAGACAGUGUACAUUACCAUAAUUAUUGUAUUAUUUUGUAUGUUUCAUCGUGUGAUUGGCUAUUGUCAAUGUUCUGUAUACAUUUUAGUGUUUUGUUUUUUAUAAUAUUAGUAGUACCAUGAUGAAA